UACGAAAACAAAAGAGUACAUUUGAUUGGCUCGGUGCUCUGUCAAUCUACUAGUCUUCGCAUUGAUAAGGCGAGAUGUGCAAAGAUUUCAAUAUGAAUUACUGAAUUACUUCCACCGGAAGUGUCAUGGUGCUUCUGAGGGAAGGUCUGUGUCCAGGGCUGAGUGAAGAUCUCGUCAAAGCUCUACGUGAAGAAGAUGUUAGAACAGUCGAGGACCUUGUUUUGUCUGACCCAGAACAACUGGCCCAGAAAUGCUCAGUGUCCUAUAAGGCCUUGGUGGCAGUUCGGCGUGUGCUUCUGGCUCAGCACGCGGCGUUUCCAGUCUCAGGAGCCGACCUGUAUGACGAGCUGCUGAGCUCCACGUCUAUUCUCUCCACAGGAAUCGCCAGUAUGGAUAACCUGCUUGACUCGGGUCUGUACACAGGGGAGAUCACUGAACUUUGUGGAGGACCAGGAACGGGUAAAACACAGACAUGCUUCAGUGUAGCUGUCAACGUUGCACAUGAGCUCAAGCAGAAGGUCAUGUACAUCGACACAAACGGAGGACUAAGCGCUGCCCGGCUGCUUCAGAUGCUCCAGCAGAAAACCGUCAAUACAGCAGAGCAGAUGAAUGCUCUUCAGAGGAUCAGCGUGCUCAGAGUGUUUGACGUCUUCGCCUUAUUGUCCUGCCUUCAAAGUCUAAGAGCCAGCGGUCUCCAGAAGGGAGACGUUGGUGGUUCAGUCAAAGCCGUGAUCGUGGAUUCCGUGUCUGCCGUGCUCUCCCAUAUGCUUGGAGGAAAACAGAAUGAAGGCAUGUCCUUGAUGAUGCAGGUAGCUACAGAGCUGAAGGUGAUCGCCAAAGAUUUUAACGUAGCUGUUCUGGUGACCAAUCACGUGACGCGAGAUGGGAACAAUCAGGUGAAGGCAGGACUGGGGCAGUCAUGGAGUCACGUUCCACGCACACGAAUCCUCCUGCAGCGAGUGGAGCGGCCUGGAGCUUCCUCCAACUUACGCACUGCCGCUCUUCUUAAAUCCUCUCGACAGCCUUGCUACAUGAUGGAGGAGUUUGAUUUGAGCCCACAGUCUCAGGGAGAGUCGUGGCCUGGCUUUGCUGGGAAGAGGAAAUUGGACACUGAUUCAUAAGAAGCUGCUAACCUUUUAGUAGGAAAUUCCAGUUUUCUACAGAGAGUACUACAGAAUCGGAGCAUCUUAUGAACAUCAACUUUUGUUCCGAAUCAGUUUAAGUGAGGAAUAAAAACAGGAAGGAAAAAGAAAAUAAAUCGAUCAACGACCACCCUGAAGUUGACUUAUAGCACGCCUUGAAAUGUUUUAUUCCUCUUGUACCACAGCAAUUUACUUGUUCGCAACCCUAUCCUUGUAACUAUUAUUUUUAUAUAUAUAUUCUCAUAGGACCGCGUUAAUAUAAACCUUGCUGUAGUAGAAAAUAAAUCACUGCUGUGGUUUAACAUCAUUCAUUAAAUACACCACAAAGAAGGAAUCUGUAAAUGUACGAGUCUUUGCAGUUAUAUGUAGCUAGUUGGGACAUAGUUGUUUGUUUUUUAAAUACCAAACAAACACAAUGAUAAAUAAGCAGUGUUUAUUUUAGUGGUGAGAAAUGUUAAUGAAACACUGUCAGUGUUUUUUUUUUUUUUUUUAAAAAGCAUGAAAUAUGGUUUUGUUGUAAAUAAGCAUUAAAAAAAUGUUCACUUUAAUCUGCA